GAGCCACAGCGGCCUGCCAGAGAGCCGCCAUUUUUGCAAAGGGAAAAGAGACGGGGGUGAGGGAAUCUAGUUUCCAACACUCAUCACGGAUAGGACGGAGGGGAAUUAAACGGUUCUGAUGUUCUCAUAAAAAACACAGAGUAGCCACAUCAGGGUGACGUGCAGAAGGUAGUGUGGCCGUCGGGGGGUGUUUUCUUUUCCGCGGAGUAGGACUUAGGCUGAGUGUCUUCCCUCCUUGUACCCUCGCAGUGGAAACAGUAGUAUUGUUUUGAUUGUGUUCAAGCGGCGGGGGUCUUAGCCGGUUCCCUUGGUCCUGUAUCCGCAGCAUCUACCCUGGACAUACCGACUUGCUGGAUGCACCUCGACGUCUGCAAUGAGCGCCGUGGCUGUGAUGUUCCUCCGUGUUGGAUCCCCUGGACUCAGUAGGACAAGGAUUUGCCAGCGGAGGGCGUCAUGAGCGUCGUCAUCUCUGGAGGGUUGGAGACGACGGACGCCUCGUACCCGGACAUGGCCGCUGGCUCGGACAGGCCUGAACCUGUGGAGGCCGCACCCGUGGUGAUGAAGGCCAGCUACCCGCAGGCCUACAGCGGCACGCAGCACUCCUACAGCUACACCGGCCUGCCGUACGCGGAUCACAACUAUGGUGCACGGCCGCCACCCACCCCGCCCGCCUCUCCGCCUCCUGGGGACCCUCUAUUCGCACCAGCCCCCCAGGACGAGGCGUCCCGUGGCACCACACUCAGCACCUCCGAGGACGGCAGCUACGGUGCCGACAUCACACGCUGCAUCUGCGGCUUCACGCACGACGACGGUUACAUGAUCUGUUGCGACCGCUGCAGCGUGUGGCAGCACAUUGACUGCAUGGGCAUUGACCGCCAGCACAUUCCCGAUACCUACCUGUGUGAGCGCUGUCAGCCCCGGACCUUGGACCGCGAACGGGCCAUCCUGCUGCAGACCAGGAAGAGGGAGAACCUUUCCGAUGGGGACACCAGCGCCACGGAGAGCGGUGAUGAGGUACCGCUGGAGCUGUACACGGCCUUCCAGCACACGGCCACCAGCCUCAUGCUGACGACGGCCCGCGUGCCCUGCAAGUCGGCCGACAAGCGCCGCAAGAGGAGCCGGGACAAGGAGCCCCCCGCCGUCACCGCUCGCGCUAAAAAGGCCUUCCGUGAAGGUUCCAGGAGAUCCUCUAGGGGCAAGGCCUCCCCACCGGACCUGGACCCCACGGACUCCCCAUCGCUGUGGGAGAGCAAAAUGAAGAUGUGGAUGGAGCGCUAUGAGGAGGCCAGCAGCAACCAGUACAGCGAGGAGAUGCAGAUCCUGCUGCGGUUGAAGGGGGCUGCGGGGGUGGAGGCCCUGACAUACAGUGGCCACGGGGCAGCCUUCAAACCCCCUGUGGAGAGUCACCUCCAGAAGAACAGGAAGAUCCUGAAGGCGGCGCGUGACCUGGCCCCAGACACGCUCAUCAUCGAGUACCGUGGCAAAUUCAUGCUCCGGCACCAGUUUGAGGCUAACGGCUACUUCUGCAAGAGGCCCUACCCCUUUGUGCUCUUCUAUUCCAACUUCCAUGGCCUGGAAGUCUGCGUGGAUGCCCGUAACUUUGGGAAUGAGGCCCGCUUCGUCCGGCGUUCCUGCACACCUAAUGCAGAGGUGCGUCACGUGACUGAGGGCGGCACGUUGCGUCUGUACCUGUUCUCUGCGAGGCACAUCACCCGGGGCAGCGAGAUCACCAUCGGCUUCGACUAUGACUACGGCAGCUGUAAAUACAAGGUGGACUGUGCCUGCCUCAGGGGACACCCGGAGUGCCCGGUCCUGCGGCGACCCGCUGAGCCCACGGAGAACCUGGGCGAGUCACGGCGCCGCCGUGGCCGCCGGGACAGGGAGGCGAUCGGGGAGAGGGACAGUGAGGGGACCCAGAACCAGAACAUCGCUGUGGACGGCGAUGGUAUCAAGGGCAAAGCUACCAGCGAGAACAAGCAGCGGAAGAUGUCCCCGCUUCGCCUCUCCAUUUCUAACAACCAGGAGCCUGAGUUUAUUGAGGAUAUAGAAGAGAGAACCUGCGUUAGUGGUGAAGUAGAGAUGGAGUCAGGGGAGCCGGUUGCCGAGGGGAGGAAGAAGAUGACGCGUGAGGAGAGGAAGAUGGAAGCCAUCCUGCAAGCCUUUGCGCGGAUGGAGAAGCGGGAGAAGCGGCGGGAGCAGGCACUGGAGCGCAUUGGCACCAAGGCCGAGGUGGGGGGGCGCGGGGAGGUCAAGGAAGAGCCCCCCGCUGCCCCCGAGGUGGAAGCCCCGGUUGCAGCUCAGCCCCCAGUGGAUGAGGUGAAAGAGGAGCCAGGCAUGAAGCCGCUAGCGAAGGUGAGCCGCUCCAAGCAGCGCAAGAGCCUGUCGCGGAGCCGCACCCACAUCGGGCAGCAGCGGCGCCGCACACGCACCGCCAGCACCUGCUCCGACCUGCCGCCCGCCUCACCUGGCGAGUGCCCGGAGGCCCCGCCCCCCGAGGCUGGCGAGGAGCCCGUGCCCCCCAUCCCUGAGCCUAAGCCGCCGCCAGCCCAGCCUCCGGACACCACCCCCCCACACAGCAGCUCGCCAGCGCCCCCUAGCCGUGCCACUAACAAGUACCCCAAGACUAAAAAGCACUUAAUGAGCGAGUGGAUGGUGGAGAAGCAGGAGUCCCCGGUCUGCACGCCGGAGCCCCCCCCGGAGCGGCCGCUGCGCAUCAGCAGCGACCCUGAGGUUCUGGCCACGCAGCUGAACUCGCUACCGGGCCUGGCCUGCAGCCCCCAGGUGUACAGCACGCCCAAGCACUACAUCCGCUUCUCCUCGCCCUUCCUGUCCGGCCGGAGCCCCACCAUACCUGGGGUGCCGUCUACCCGUCGGCGCUCCCGUGACCUGCCCGAGACCCCGCCCACGUCAGGCUCCUGUAAGAAGCGCUGGCUCCGCCAAGCCCUGGAGGAGGAAGGUUCCCCUGGACCUGCGGGCCGUCCGGUCUCGGUGCUGCCCAGUGAGAUGCCGCUCAGCCCGCUUAAUGGUGACUCUGAUGCCGCUGUCCUGCUCGGAGGUGGCUCUCCUUCACCAGAACUGCUCACUCCCCUGAAGAAGCGCCGCGUCUCCCCGCUGGGCUCCUGCCUGUCGGAGGGCUCCACGCCGUAUGACUCCCCUUGUGCCACACCUACCCGUGUGGAGCUCCCAGAGGCGCUGGGUGCCCCACUGCCCCUCCCCCUCGCCACCCCACCCCGCUCCCAGCCGGAGGACCCAGCCACGGACUCCCCUGGCAGACAUACGGGGCCAGCGCUGCCUCCCGCUGUGCCACAGGAAGUGAAGGUCGAGCCUCCCCCUUCGCUGCUUUCGUCCCCCUCCGCACAGACAUCCAACGUGGAUGCGCCAUCUCUGGAGGUCAAGUCGGCAGGGGUAUGGAGCCCACGGCACCUCCUCCCCCCCAGAGUCAGGCUCCCCUCCAGCAGCAACAGCAGCCCAGUGCCAGCACCCUUCUGUCCCUCCAGCAGGCCCCCCCUCCCCCUCCGCCUCCUCCCCCCACCUCAUCCGCUAACCCCCCCCUGCACUUUCAGGGCUCAGGAGGUUACCAGACCUCCCUUCUGCACCCUGCAGCCUCCGUCCCUUCUUCGUAUCCAUCCCACCAGCAAGGUGCCGUCCCUCCCCCUCCACCCCCCCCAGCUCAGCCGGGCCCCGUGCCAGCCCUGCCCGUCGCCUCUCGUGGGGCCGCCUCCUUCCUCGGCUCGGGGUACCUGGGCUCUGGGUGGCACUGAGGCCGGUGUGUGACCGAACAGGGUACUUCUCCGAGCAGAUAUCUACGGGAGCCAGUCCAACAUAAAGACCUGAAAGAGAACUAGCCCUUGGUGCUCAUCACCGUCCUUUGGCGUCUUCGGAUAUUUAACAGUUCGUAAUAACGUUUUAUUUCUCUCUUUCUCUCCAACCCCUCCCCAUACCCUUCUUUGCCCUCCCUCCGUUUGUUUGACAUUCCAGCUGUUAUGUCUGUUCUGUCGUUUUCUCUUUGGGGUGUUCGUUUGCUCGCCCCUCCUGUUCUUCUUCGUUUGUUCGGUUAGCUCGUUUUGCUCGUUUUGCUCGUUUUAACAGAGGAAAAAGCUUUUUGUAAAAAGAAAAUACAGAAAUUAUUAUUUUUAUUAUUUUUGUGUGGAAUAAUAUGGACCUGUAUUCUUGCGAAAGAGAUUCAGAGCCUCUGAAGUGUCUUGUGUUUGCGUGCGUGCGUGCGUGUGUGCGUGCGUGCGUGUAUGUGUGUGUGAGAGACGGCAGGCACGUAGGAGGAUGAUGGUAUGUCCUUGCGGAGGCUCAUGGGAAGGAUGCUAGGGGGUAGGAUGGUAGGAGUUCUAUUCUUAGAUUACAUGGGUAUUUGUAGAAACUGUAACUUAAUGUAUAAAUGGUGAAUCCCCCUUUCACACUGUAAAUAGUUUCCUUCCUCCUGUGCUUGUACAAUUUUCUCAUCCCAUUUUUGAAAAUUGUAAAUAUGAACUUAUGAAAACCUGAAUGUUUCUGUGAUUGGCACUUUUAUUUCUUUUACUGAAUUAUUAUUAUUUGUUGUUAUUUUUAUUUUUUUAUUAACCAUUUGUGCGAUUGAAAGAGACCAGCGGACCAGCACUGGCUGGCCCUUUUCAUAGUCCAUAAUAACAAACUGCAUUAAUACCAGUUUCUAA